AUGUCGGAAAUUGUCUUGAGUCUGAGUAUCCAAGAGGCACAACUAUUGGUCCCCAAACCGUUUUUUCUAAAGCCUUAUGUUUGGCCAUUCACCAUUAUAUAUCCAAUCUUCUUACAGUUGUAUUUUACGCAAUAUGAGAGAUACUUUGUUGGAAAAGAAUGGACUUUUGUGUACACUAUUACCAUAGUCUCCCUCAACUUGUUGUUUUGGUUAAUGCCCCAUUGGAAUCAAAAUAUCGAUGCCAAGUUCAACUAUUCGCCAGUGAAAAAAAUUGAAGAUGCUUCGUACAUCAAGAUUACACCGGCCCCAAACUCGGGUAUUGGUGAGAUUUGCCCCAUAAAUCGUGAAGUGUUCCACGAUGGGGAAAGGCAAACGAGUUUUCUUUACCAAAAAAGAAGAUACCUUUAUCACACUGAAUUAAAGAAAUUCUCGCCUCCAGAAUUCACAUUUGAUCAAUUACCUAAAUUAUCAUAUUAUCAAAAUACCAAAGGUUUAUCCGGUGAUUUGGAGAAAAAAAUUAGAAACUAUGGUUUGAAUAAGUUUGAUAUACCAGUUCCCACCUUUUUGGAAUUGUUUAAAGAACACGCCGUAGCUCCAUUUUUUGUUUUUCAAAUCUUUUGCGUAGCACUUUGGUGCAUGGAUGAACAAUGGUACUAUUCCUUAUUCUCAUUGUUUAUGUUGGUUUCAUUUGAAAUGACUACUGUUUUCCAAAGAAGAACUACAAUGUCCGAAUUCCAAAGUAUGGGUAUCAAACCAUACGAGAUUUAUGUUUAUAGAGAUGGCAAUUGGCAAAAAAUCUCCACUAUUGACUUGUUACCUGGUGAUCUAGUCUCCAUAACAAGAACUAAUGACGAUAGCGCUUUGCCAUGUGACUUGUUGUUGAUUGACGGAACAGCCAUUGUUAAUGAAGCCAUGUUAUCUGGUGAAUCUACACCGUUAUUAAAAGAAUCAAUUAAACUCAGACCAGCUGAAGAUAAUUUACAGCCUGAGGGAUUUGACAAAAACUCAAUUUUGCAUGGAGGUACCAUGGCAUUACAAGUCACGAAACCCGAAACCCCAAUCGUUCCAGUUGCCCCUGAUUCUGGAGCAUUUGCCGUUGUCACUAAAACCGGAUUUGAAACAUCUCAAGGUUCAUUGGUUCGUAUGAUGAUUUUUUCUAGCGAACGUGUCUCCGUGGGUAAUAAAGAAGCAUUUUUGUUUAUUUUGUUCUUACUAGUCUUUGCUAUUGCUGCCUCAUGGUAUGUAUGGGUGGAAGGUACCAGGAUGGGCAGAAUCCAAUCAAAAUUGAUCUUGGACUGUAUUAUUGUUAUUACAUCUGUUGUGCCACCGGAAUUACCAAUGGAAUUAACCAUGGCUGUCAAUUCAUCUUUAGCUAAGUUACAAAAGUAUUAUGUUUACUGUACUGAACCUUUUAGAAUUCCAUUAGCCGGUAGAAUCGAUGUUUGUUGUUUUGAUAAAACAGGUACUUUAACUGCAGAGGAUUUGGUUUUUGAAGGUUUAGCGGGUUUCAAAAAUGAUGAUAUUCACCACUUGUAUAAAGCGGAUGAUGCACCUGAAACAACUUUGUAUGUGUUGGGGUCUGCUCAUGCCUUGGUCAAAUUAGACAAUGGAGAAGUUGUUGGUGAUCCCAUGGAACAGGCUACUUUGAAAGCUGCUCACUGGACUGUUGGUGCUCAUGAUACUGUUGAAAGAAACGACAGCAAAAAUGGUAAAGUUGAAAAAAUAAAAAUAUUGCGUCGUUUCCAAUUCUCUAGUGCCCUCAAAAGAUCAUCAACUAUAUCAUCGAUAAAUAAUAGUAAUAAGAACAAUAAUGCACCAUCAAAUACGAAUUUCGUGGCUGUUAAGGGAGCUCCUGAAACUAUUCGUGAGAUGAUUGUUGAUGCUCCAGAAAAUUAUGAAGAUAUUUAUAAAUCUUUCACUAGAUCUGGUUCUCGUGUAUUGGCACUUGCUUAUAAGUAUAUCGACAAAAAUAUCAACGUCAACAAGGUUAAAAGAGAACAAGUUGAGUCUGAUUUGCUUUUCGCUGGAUUUAUUGUAUUCCAUUGUCCACUUAAAGAUGACGCUAUUGAAACAAUCAAAAUGUUAAACGAGUCGUCUCAUCGUUCCAUUAUGAUCACUGGUGAUAAUGCCUUGACUGCAUGCCAUGUUGCUAAAGAAGUUGCCAUUACCACUAAAGAUGUAUUGAUCUUGGAUGCUCCAGAAGAGCACCAUUUAGCAGAAGCAAAUGCCGACUUAGUUUGGAGAAAUGUAAAUGAAACAGUUAUUGUCCCAUUUAACGUUGGUGAUAAAAUUGAUUUUAAAAAAUUGUCACAGUAUGAUAUUUGUCUCACUGGAUAUGCACUCAACCUUUUGAAUAAUCACGAGCAAUUAUUAGACUUAUUGAAGAAAACAUGGGUUUAUGCUAGAGUGUCGCCAUCUCAAAAGGAAUUUAUAUUGACAUCCUUAAAGGAUAUUGGAUACAGUACAUUAAUGUGUGGUGAUGGUACAAACGAUGUGGGUGCUUUGAAGCAAGCUCAUAUUGGAAUAGCUUUAUUGAACGGUACUGAAGAAGGUAUGAAAAAAUUAAUUGAGAAUCGUAGAAUUGAAGCUACAAAGAAGGUUUAUGAAAAACAAGCACAGUUGUUUAUCAAUUGGGGUAAACCACCUCCAAAUGUUCCUCCAAUCAUUGCCCAUUUGUACCCUCCUGGACAAAACAACCCAAAAUAUCUCGAAGCAAUGGAAAAAAAAGGUGUUACCAUUACUGAUGAUAUGAGGAAAGCCGUUGUUGCAGCAAUGAAAGAGCCUAUUCAAAUUAUACCAAAUGGGCAAUCGAAAGGUCCUGCUGCUGAUGGUGGUAAAUUUGCCGAUGCAAUUCUCAGUGCAAUGGACAGCGCUGAGGCUGAAGACGAGGCUCCUACUUUGAAGUUGGGUGAUGCUUCUGUUGCAGCACCAUUUACCUCCAAGUUGGCCAAUGUCAGUGCCGUAACACAUCUUAUCCGUCAAGGUCGUUGUGCUUUAAUCUCCACUAUUCAAAUGUACAAGAUUUUGGCAUUGAACUGUUUAAUUUCGUCGUAUUCGCUUUCGGUUUUGUAUUUGGCCGGUAUGAAAUUCGGAGAUGCCCAAUCCACUAUUUCCGGGAUCUUGUUAUCAGUUUGUUUCUUUUCCGUAUCUCGUGGAAAACCAUUGGAGAAAUUAUCUAAACAAAGGCCACAAGAUGGAAUAUUCAACAUUUAUAUUAUGGGUUCUAUUUUAGGCCAAUUUUUCAUUCAUAUUGUCACUUUGAUCUAUGUCACUAAAGAGAUUUAUCUUGUUGAGCCAAAGGAACCCCAAGUGGAUUUAGAAAAGAAGUUCAACCCAUCCUUAUUGAAUACAGGUAUGUUCUUGUUACAAUUAGCUCAACAAGUUUCAACAUUUGCUGUCAAUUACAUAGGUUUACCAUUUAGAGAAAGUAUUUCUGAUAAUAAGGGGAUGUACUAUGGUUUGUUGGGAGUUGCUGGUUUAACAUUUGCAGGCUCUACUGAGUUCAUUCCUGAAAUCAAUGAGGCAAUGCUGUUUGUUCCAAUGUCAACUGGUUUCAAAGUGAAACUUACAGGUGCAAUUAUUGUAGAUUUAGGAGCUACUUGGAUCAUUGAAAAUGUUUUGAAAUACAAGUUUAUGAAUUCUAAGCCUGCUGAUAUUGCAUUAAGAGAAGAUGAAGAAGAGACGAUUAUAGCUGAAGUUAAGUAG